AUCAUUUCAUCCAUCAGAGUUAAUAAAGAAAGAAAAGCAGAACCCACCCAGUCUGUAAGCAACCCACACCAGCCCCUCAGCUUUGCUCUGACCGCAGAAGAGCUGCAUCAGGGCAAGGAAGAAGGAUGAGAGCGGAAUUGAUCUUGUUGCCCUCCUUGAGGAUGUGAUUCUGGACAAAUUGAGCAGACUCCGGAGUUCUGCACAGACACAUUAUAGAGCUUAUCAGUAAAUCUGACCCCUGGCAACCGUGACAUGGGAAUAGUGAGACUCUUGAUCAGUGAGGAGAGAAGCCCUCAAGGUGCAUUUGGCUCCGUGUCAGUAGUUUUUGUUCCAUGGGAUUUCCUCCGCCCUUCGCAUUAGAACUGAUGUGGAGUGAAGUGUUUCUAAUAUGAACUUUCGCUUUGGGAUCUGGUUUGCGGUUCCACUGAUCUUGUUCUGGGAAACCCCAGAAGUCACUUCUUCGUGGUGGUACAUGGGGGCGGUGGGCUCGUCGCGGGUGAUGUGUGACAACGUGCCGGGCUUGGUGAGCCGGCAGCGGCAGCUGUGCCAGCGGCACCCCGAGGCCAUGCGCUCCAUCGGGCUGGGCGUGGCGGAGUGGACGGCGGAGUGUCAGCACCAGUUCCGCCAGCACCGCUGGAACUGCAACACCCUGCACCGGGACCGGAGCCUCUUCGGCAGGGUCCUGCUGCGCAGUAGCCGGGAGUCUGCCUUUGUGUAUGCCAUCUCCUCUGCUGGAGUUGUAUUUGCUAUCACAAGGGCAUGCAGUCAAGGAGAAUUAAAAUCAUGCUCCUGUGAUCCGAAGAAGAAAGGGUCUGCCAAGGACAACAAGGGCCACUUUGAUUGGGGUGGUUGCAGCGAUAACGUUGACUAUGGUGUCAAAUUUGCCAGAGCAUUUGUGGAUGCCAAAGAAAGGAAGGGAAAAGAUGCCAGAGCACUAAUGAACCUUCACAACAACAGAGCUGGAAGAAAGGCUGUGAAGCGUUUUUUGAAACAGGAGUGCAAAUGUCAUGGCGUGAGUGGAUCAUGUACUCUGAGAACCUGCUGGCUGGCCAUGGCAGACUUUAGGAAAACAGGAGAUUAUCUAUGGAGGAAAUACAAUGGAGCGAUUCAGGUGGUCAUGAAUCAAGAUGGCACUGGUUUCACUGUGGCUAACAAGAGAUUUAAGAAGCCCACCAAGAAUGACCUGGUAUACUUUGAGAGCUCGCCAGACUACUGUAUCAGAGACAGGGAUGUAGGCUCCCUCGGGACAGCUGGACGGGUUUGUAACCAAACCUCCCGCGGUAUGGACAGCUGUGAGGUGAUGUGCUGUGGAAGAGGUUACGACACUUCACGGAUCAGCCGGAUGACAAAAUGCGAAUGUAAAUUCCACUGGUGCUGCGCUGUGCGCUGUCGAGACUGCCUGGAGGAGGUGGACGUACACACAUGCAAAGCACCGAAAAGUGCUGGAUGGAUAGCUCGAACAUGACUACGUGGGGAGACUGGCAUUCAAAUGCUGAACCUUUCAGUUUCAUGCAGGGAGUAUGUCUA